AUGCCCAUCGGAUCAGCCAGUGAUACUAUUCGAAAAUUCAACGCAGUUGCUCAAGCAAAUGAAGAAACAUUAAAAAAAAAUCCAUACUCAGAAUCCUAUAAAAUCCAACAAUUUGAUUCAAGAAACUAUGGCAGACCACCUCCAGGAAGUAAAACAGAAGCAAGAGGAAUAAAGGCUGGAGUUCAUGUUUGUCGAGAAAUUCUCUUUCUUUGCGAGACAAUUGAUUCAAAUGCUGAAGGAGAAGAGCCACAUAAAUGGGUCAAAUUCGGAAAGUUAUUCAAUAUAUACUCGUUUUAUUCUGAUAAGUUGGUUGGAAUGCUGAUUCGUGCUCGAAAGUAUGGUCUUGUUCACUUCGAAGGUGAAAUGCUCUAUCAACGACAAGAUGAUGAAAAGUUGAUAACAAUGUUAAUGUCACUUCAAGAAAUUCGAGAAAGUUUAACUGCUUCUGGGGAUCCAGCCAAUUGUAUUCAAAUUCGUCGAAACUCUGCUCCGAUUGCAUUCGUACCUCCCGAAACCAAAGAAAAACCAAAACUUCGUCCGAUAAGAAGUGAUUCUGUAACUUCUUCCAAAUCAAAAUUCGAAUCGCCUGCCCCUCCUUCAACUUUAGAAGAAGAUUCCCAUUCAGUCCAGGGAAAACCAAAAAAGCCGUGGACACCGAAAGAUCCUUCAAAAGCUCCUGUGUUUUGUACCUACUGA